UUCGGAACCAUCAUUAGAGUAAUCAACAAGAUAACGACAUUAGAAUUAGAAUGAGUUGACCCAUUCAUCUUGCGUUUGUCAAGUUUUUUCUUCGUUUUGUUCAAGUAAAACUCAAAUUUCACGUCAAUUUACCAAGAUGGUUCUAAACACCAAUGAACUCUUCGAUGCCAUUGCUAUAUUAACUCAGGAGCAGAAUAUGCGCGUCACUGUUAAACAAAGUGCAAAGGGCGCAUUGAUUUGUGGUGCUAGCUGUUUCGUUGGUGGACUAGUCGCCGGUCCGGUUGGUAUGGCAGUCGGUGGCACUGUUGGAGGAAUCAGCGCAUGGAAAAUGUCUCAAGGGCAAUUCAAACCGGUUAGUGAAAUUAUCAGGAACGAUCUCACUGCACGACAGAAGGAAAAAUUAAUGGAGCACAUUAUGGCAUCUGUGCGGGAUCUAGAUGUGACUGACGCUGCCAUUCUCUUGCCAAUGUUAAUGGGUAGUGCGUCGAUACAGCAAGCAGUUCUGAGCUCAGUCGUAACAUUUGUUGGAAAAGAGUUGAAUUUGCAAAUGGUUAAUUGAUUGGUCGCCAGAAAGUUCUUGAGAUAUUACCGAAGCUGUUAUUUAAAUUCUACGUUUUGUAUGUUCGCCUAGAUUAUUAUGAAAAUUUGUACGUGCAAGUGGUGCGUGCACUUUUUAACAUAAAAUAUUUUUACCAAACAAAAA